AUGGGUAACGUCUUUUCAAUUCAAUGCAGUGAUGCCUUGAUCGGUCUUUGCUGGGAUUGCAUUGCUGGACAAGCUCUUUAUGUAUGUCAGCUUGAAGACAAUCUUCAAGAACUUGAGACUGCAAGAGAUAAAUUAAGAGAGUUGAGGAACGAUGUCAUGCGGAUGGUCGUCAGUGAGGAAACGCCACAAACAGUGCAGCUGGAUCGAGUUGGAGGAUGGCUUUCAAGGGCGGAUGCUACCAUUACUGAAGUUAAUAUACUCCUCAGCAGAGCUCCACAAGACAGACAAAAAUUGUGUCUCGCAGGCUGUUGCUCCAAGAACUGUGAAUUCAAAGAAGUGGUUAUCAGGGCCCCUGCUGUCCAACUUCAAGCUGUUCUCGAAGCUUUGAAGACUGCAAGACAAGAAUUAUGGGCUUCAAAGGAGGAUGUGAAGCGGAAGGUUGACUUAGAAGAAGGACAACAAAGGAAGGCGCUGCAACAAGUUCGAUUGUGGGUUUCGAUGGUGGAAGCGAUGAUAACCGAAGCAGAGGAGCUCGAAAGAGAUGGUCCACGACAAGUUCACAAAUUGCUAGGUGGAGAUAUUUCCAAUUACAUGUUCGUGGGAAGGGUCGUCAAAAAAUUAGAAGAUGUGAUUGCGUUAAAAGCCAAAGGAGAUUUUAAGGAAGUGGUUGAGAGGACACUUCCAGAACCAGUGACGAGGCAUGGAGCUUCAUCACGGGAGAUGAGGUGGGAAUUGUUGGCAUAUACGGUAUGGGGGGAGUCGGUAAACUACUCUCCUUACUCAAUCAACAACAGAUAUGCCACUAUAUCUAAUAAUUUUGAUGUUGUGAUUUGGGCUGUGGCUUCUAAAGAUUUGAAACUCGAGACGAUUCAAGAGCAGAUUUGGGGAAAAAUUGGCAUUUCUGAUGAGAAAUGGAAAAAGAAAAGCUUCCGUGAGAAAGCGGAUGACAUAUUCCAUGUACUGAGUAGAAAGAAAUUUGUAUUAUUGUUAGAUGACAUAUGGCAGCGUGUUGACCUUGAAGAAAUUGGGGUUCCUUUUCCUACAAGACAAAACAGAUGCAAGAUAGUAUUCACAACACGCUCUUACAAAGUAGGCAGCCAAAUGAAAUCUGAAAAGAUUAUAGAAGUGAAACCUUUGGAUUGGGAAGAAGCUUGGGCAUUGUUUCAAAAGAAGGUUGGGGAUAUUGAUCUUGAUAUUGUUCCUCUGGCUCAAGAUGUUGCCAAAGAGUGUAGAGGAUUGCCAAUCGCUCUCAUUACCAUUGGUAGAGCCAUGGCCAGUAGAAUUACAAGGGAAGAAUGGAAGCAUGCUCUUAAGGCACUAAGAAGUUCUGCCUCACGCCUACUAGUAAUGGAGGAUGAGGUAUUUCAAGAUAUGGAGGUUGAGGUAUUUGUACGAUUGAAAUUUAAUUAUGAUAGUCUGAGUAGUGAUAAAGUUAAAUCUUGUUUCUUAUAUUGUUCCUUGUUUCCGAAAGACUUUGAAAUUCCCAAACGUGAAUUGCUAGAUUAUUGGAUUUGUGAGAAUUAUGGUGAUUGCAAUGAAUCAUAUUCUAUAAUCGGUUCACUUGUUGGGGCAUGUUUAUUGGAAGAGCAAGGCUAA